GACAGUCGUGUCAAAGCCAAAAAUUUGCCCAAUUCGUCCCACGGAGGCACCAAAAUAUCCCGAGUUAGUUUGAUCAUGUCUUGCUCAUGACCAGGCGGUUGAGAAUUCCCUUCACUGCGCCCUUCUCACCGCCCAUUAUAUUCCCGUCCUCAGCGAACACUCUAUCAGGUGCGAUCGAUGCGAUAACAGCUUUCCUCUCCGCUCCACCGUCGCCCCUCCUGAGAGGUACCGAUGUCGGGUUGAAUGCCCAGACGGUACUUCUCACUGGUGCGGGCAUAUCCGUUGCCUCUGGGCUCUCGGAUUACCGUGGCGAAAAUGGGACUUACAGACGAAACGCAUCGUACCGUCCGAUCUAUUUUCACGAGUUUGUGACCAUACACGAAGCGAGAAAGCGAUACUGGGCUCGCAGUUUUGUUGGAUAUCCCACAUUGCGCGACUCUGGCCCGAAUUCCACACACUUCUGCAUCGCAGAGCUUGGGCGCAAAGGUUACAUCAGUUCAGUGAUUACGCAAAACGUGGACUCGUUUCAUAAUGUUGCCCACCCAGACCUCCCUGUCCUAGAGCUUCACGGAUAUCUACGAUCUAUCGUUUGUGUCAAUUGCCGCCAUAUGAUGUCAAGAGAAAGCUUCCAAGAAUCUCUUCUGCGCCUUAAUCCUGCUUGGUCGGAAUUUUUAGCUCGCGUUAUGGAAAGCGGAGCUUUGAAGACUGAUGUGUCAGAGGAACAACGCCAAAAGGGGCUGCGAGUGAAUCCAGACGGCGACGUAGAAAUUCCCGGUGCCCAUUACUCGGAUUUUCGCUAUCCACCGUGCCCCAGGUGCCUGCUGACACCUCCGUAUCUGCAGGAUGGGAAAACCAAAGCAAUAGUAGAGGCGGAACCUGACGGGGCCUGGUCACCACGGUCCAGGGCCGGAAUCCUCAAGCCUGCUGUUGUCAUGUUUGGAGAAUCCGUCGAUGAAGCCACCAAGACGGCCGCUGAAGAAGCAAUUGACGAGGCGGGCAAACUCCUCGUCAUGGGAAGCAGCUUGGCAACCUUCUCCGCCUGGCGGCUUGUCGAAAGAGCGCAAAAUCGAGGAAUGUCGAUUGGCAUCCUGAAUGUGGGAGGUGUCCGCAACGAAGCCAGUUUAUUUAAGGAGGGCAACGAGCAUUUCUGGCCAAUGGCACGUUUGCGAUGUAGCGAAAAGACGGAACUUGUCCUACCUGAGGUGGUUUCAAGACUCGAACAACUUGGCUUUCGCUGAGCAUGCAUGGAGAGUCGAGGGCUUUCGUUUACGUCAAGUAGGAGCGGUCAACUCACCGAUACUUGUAUGUAUUGCUAUGGGACAAAAUAUUGUAUGAUCGCACACAUACGCAGUAGACCAAGACGGGGCCAAGACGGCAUAGUUCCCUCGUCCUUCCUCUGUACUCCGUAGUCAACGAAGGA